UAAAAGAAAUAAUGAAGAAGAAGAAGAACGAAAAACUAGGCCUGCGGAAUAGUGCUGUCAGGACCCGCAGAUCGAGGCAGAGGAAAUAGUUCGAGUCUGAAGAGAAAGCAGCAGCAAAAUGCUUUCCUUCAAAACCACUCGUAUUAUUUCUCUGAUAUUGAGGAUCCUGAGCGCCAUUGCGCUCUUUACGUCGAUCGUCAUCCUUGGCAUCAAUAAUAUCGAUCUGAUUCCUUACAAGAACGGAAAGCCUGCAGGAAAACCCUACACCGCCCACUUUUAUGACAUAGUAGGGUUCCGAUACAUUUUUGCUACAGCUUUUAUUGGAACUGCAUAUUCAAUCGGCCAGGGUGUAUGUACAAUUAUCCAUUUGGCGAAAGGAAAAGAAGUAGGGCACGUCACCUUUGAUUUCUAUGCUGAGGAGGUUAUGUCAAAUUUUUUAGCUUCAGGAGCUGUCGCAGGAUUUAUCACGGCUGCGCAGUACUUAAAAAUGUGGGAUGAAAUUAAUUCGCUAAUAGACCACCGCUUUAUCAAUAUGACAUAUAUAGCAUCUGGACUUGUCAUCUUUGCCUUCCUCAGCAGUUUCGUAAUAUCAAUAUUCUCUUCAUAUGCACUCGGUAGAAAUGAUGAUGAUGAGCUUUUGUAAACAAAACUACUGAUCAGUAAGUUCGGGCAGCUUGUGGCUAUUCAUUAAUUGAAGUCUUGCCUUCUUGUUUUGCCUUUAGUUACAAAUUUUCUUUGUGGCUAUGUAAUUCUCAUAUAUAUAGAUAAGGGAACCGUGUUGCUGACAAACUUGCAAACUAUAAUGCUGCGAACGUUGGUUCAGACCGGUGGGAUUCAAUCCCACAUUUUCUGUAUGGUACUUUUGGUCAUGAUUUUUCUGCUCGGACUGAUUAUCAGUUUGCUUA